UUAUAGGAAGGAGUACGUGGCAAUGGGUUAAACUCAAAAGCCCUUUAAUAAUUUUAUAAAUAGAUAGACAGACAGACCAGCUCAUUCACAAGCUGGCUCAUUAGUGAGAAUCAAUCCACAAAAAACCAAUUGACCACAUUUAUCUUGUAAACUGGAAAUUACAGUAAGGUCAACGGAUGGCAUAGCACAGUUUCACAAACACAAAUAAAAAAAUAAAAAUUAAAUGGGGGAUAGCACAAGAUUUUUGGAUUCCAAGAUUCGGCGCCAAUUGCUCAUUGGAUUUUGGAAUUCGUAACCUCCGUUCAACUAUCCGCCAACUGACAUUACCAAACAAUCCGGCCGAUCUCCCCAUUUUCAUACGCCAAAGAAAAGGGAGUCAUGAACUUCCCGCCGAUCACGCCGCUCGCUUUCUUCUUCUUCCUCUUGUCCACCGCGGCGGCGGCGGCGGAAUCUUCACCACCGCAGUGCAAAGCAUGGCUAGUCCAAUCCAUCCCCACCGACAUGCCCGACCUCCCUCGCGUCCCCGGGGUUCUCUCCUCCAGCGACGUCCUUCGCUGGCUGGCCGGCAACUCAACCGGCAGACUCGACAUCAUCGCCCAGUACUGGUCGCUCGUCGCCUCGCCGGAAGAUCCUAGGUCGGGAGACUAUGGAUACUCUGAGGCCGAUAUGCAGAGGUUCGGAGCUGGUGAAGGCGCCGCCAUUUACAAAUCAAUCGAGGACGCUUCUGAUCGCGAUGUCAAAAUUAGAUUGCUGCAGCACUCUGGGGUUUAUCCCGACUUCACUAAAGAGCCGACCAAGCUUGCUUCGAGAAGGCCUGGAAAUGUGGAGAGCGCCACUCUGUUGUUGAGCAAAUGGUGGGGUUCUGGUAUUGUUCAUGCCAAGGUCUGGAUAUCUGAUCGUAGAGAUGUGUACAUUGGUUCCGCCAAUAAUGACUGGAAAUCCCUAACUCAGGUCAAAGAACUGGGGAUUUAUCUCGUUGAUUGUCCAAACAUAGCUAAAGCUGUGGAGGUGUACUUUGAUAACUUGUGGAAGCUUGCAUUCUUGAAUUCAUCAAUUCAUACAAGAAGGGUGUGGGAUCAAGAAUGGCAGGUUAAUAGAACAGUUCCAUGCUGGUCACAUUUCAUUGAUCGUAGAGCAAGGUGCAGGUCGCCUAUCCCUAGUUAUGUGGAGGUUCCCCAUGUUAGAGGGUACCCUAUAUUAUCAGACCCACGAAUGUUGAAGCUUCCUAUUCAGACUCCUGGAUCUAACUACUCGACUCUGAGCCCUCAAAUGAACUACCUGUCUUUUGCUCCACCUGAGCUGCUGUUUGGGAACCAUCAAACUGAUGACCAGGGCUGGGUUGAUACAAUCAAAUCCGUUGGAACUGGGAUGACGGUAAAAAUUAGUACCAUGGAUUGGCUUGGGCAGUCAGAAUUCACAGAUGACGCGGUUUACUGGUCAUCUCUCUCUUCUGCAAUAUCACAGGUUGUCUUCUCGAAGCACGCCACGGUGAAGAUACUGGUAGCAUACUGGGGGCACAACAUCAACAACACAGACCAGUACCUGAAAUCCCUGCUCUACUCCAACGUCCUGUGUUCUUCGUCGAAAUACAACCACUGCAGCGGUCGAGUCGAGAUCAAGUACUACAUGGUUCCAGGCUACAACCUCACGGGGCCUAGCCUGACGAGCAACGGGAAGACGAGGACGGGGAACUUGUAUCCUGGUUUUACCAGGGUGAAUCAUGGGAAGUAUGCAGUCAGCGACGUGAGAGCGCAUAUAGGCACGAGCAAUCUGGUGUGGGAUUAUUUCUACACGACGGCUGGUGUCAGCUUUGGGACGCACCACCCUGCAAUUGUGAGGCAGCUCCAGGCCGUUUUUGAUGCUGAUUGGGAGUCGCAGUAUGCCGUUCCAGUUGAUGAACUUCGUUCAUAUUCUAGCUGAGGGGCAAUUUUUGUUUAUAGAAAGGCAGGUUAACACGGCCAAUUCGUAGAUGAUUAUUCUUCUUAGAGCUUGAAAUUUGUUGCAUCUACGACCGUAAUAAUUUUAUGCUUAACAUGGUUUUUUUUAUAUAAUCACUAUAUUCGUGAAUAUACCACAAUUUUCUCAUUUUUCAUGACAUUUGUUAAUUCGGAUUUAGUGGUUAUAUUUAGAAGAAAAACAUUUUCACCAAAUGUAACAAUGUCGUUAAAAGCAUAAGAUACAUGAACAGAUAAUUAUGUGCGAAACUAUUACUAUAUAUAUUUAACCGUUGAUAGAGAUAGAACGUUCAUGAUAUAUAACAUACAAGACUUGUAUAUGAUACUAAUUUAAUAAUGAAGUUAUCUUGACCAU